AUGUCGACGCUCGCCGCGCGCGUGCCGGCGACGGCGGCGAGUCCCCGCGGGGUCUCGCCGUCCGCGGUUGCCGCGCGAGGAAGAAACGUUCCCUUCGCGCCCGCCCGCCCGCGUCGAUCGUCGGUCGUCACUCGCGCGUUGACCCCCGAGGAGGAGCGCAGGUACUUCGUCCUCGGCGUGUCGCCCGGCGCGUCCCAGGAGGCUGUCAAGCGCGCGUACAAGAGGAUGGCCAAGAUGCACCACCCCGACGUCAACCGAGAGGACCCUCUGGCGCCCGCGAAAUUCGCGGAGAUCAACGAGGCCUAUCACGCGCUGUGCGCCGAGCGGGGCAACCUGUCGAACGUGGGCACCGAGGAGUGGAAGGAGAAGUGGAGCGCGCAGCUCCGGCAGAUGAAGGACGUGGAGGCGGGCAAGGCGAGGGUGAACGUCCGCAGGCGUCGAGUCGUGCGGAAGACCGUGCUGGACGAGACGAUGGAGAAGGAGCGCGAUCGGCUGGAGGAUAUCAUGCGGGAGAGCGAGGCGGCGGACGGCGACGACGCGUGGCUCGAGGACGAGGUCCCGGACGAGGUCAGGCGAGCCGCCGCGGCCAAGGCGGUGGCGUCGCAGCUCGGCGGGUUGCGGGAUCGGACGCGGCGGCGGCGGCAGGUGGUCCCGCCGCAGAAGAACAAGUUCAAGGAGCCGUUCGAGGACGUGUCGCCGACCGCGCACGACGACGAGUGGAACCACUCGGUGCAGUGA